AUGUUCUUAUAUCUUCCAUGGCCGGGAGGGCAGGUGAUUAUAGAGGGGGACGAGGAGGCAGAAGCGGCAGCAGACGCUGCAGUAGAGGCUGAGUUGCUGGAGAGGAGGCGGAGGAGGCAGCAGACGAAGCGAGUGUAUGGGCCGAGGUCAGAGGAGGAGAGGAGGAGGAUUAGUGAGGGGUUGAGAGCGUUGGAGAGGAGGACUGGGCGGUUGUCAAGAACUGCUAGAGAGAGGUUUGCGGAUCCGGAGAGAAAGGAAAGGUUGCGGGCAGCAAUGAUGAAGGGAUACUACGAGAAGAAUGCUCCAUCCAAGAUAUCGGCACGGGCCAAGCAGCGCGGUGCUGACCCUGCAUUCAGGCAGCUUAUCAGCCAAGUGUAG